CCCGCGCUCUGCAGCUCCGGUCCCUUUUAAGGCGCUCCGGCCGGACGGGACCUGUCACACUCUUCACACCUCGCCGCCCCGCGCUCCCGCGCACUGUUUGGACGCCGCUUUUCUCCCCGACCCCCAGCAGCGCCGGCGGCAGCAGGAGGAGGAGAAGGAAGAGGAGAAGGAAGAGGAGGAGGAAGAGGAGGAGGAGGAGGAGGCGGCGGGUGGAGGCCUCCCCCCUCCCCGCCUCCCGGACGGGCUCCGGGCCCCAGGCCUGCCUGUUUUUGAAGAAGGGGCGCUCAGAAAGGAGCCGGGCCUCGGAGGGGGCUUUUUUUUCCCCACCCCCUGCAUAACUGGUUUGUCUUUUUUUAAUUUUGGGAAGGCCCAUCCGGCCCCCCCCCGGUCGGAUGCUGCGGCUCUUUGUCUCCCGCGGCCCCGGGGCGGCCCGGAGGGGGUGAGGCCGCCCGCCCUUCCUCCUCCUCCUGCUCCUGCUCCUCCUGCUCCUCCUCCGGGAGGCCCUCCGGGCGGUGCCCCCCCGGUGCCCGGGCCCGAGCCCGGGAGCAUGAUUCUCCCCGCGGAGGGCAUGAGCGCCGCGCACUGCAGGACCAGCCCCCCGCCGGAUGCAUGGGCGGCCUCUGGUCCGGUCCAGACUAAAGGGCCGUCGGGGCCGGCGGGGAAGCUGAAGAUGACGUCCGCGUCGCUCCUGGACGAAGGCUCCAUGGAGACGCCGGUGCUCCUCAGCGACAUCAAGACCGAACCCCCCGAAGAGCUCCUGGCCAGCGACUGUAACCUGCCCCAGGCGGAACCCGUGGACCUCUCCCUGCACAAGCCCAAAUUGUCCCUGCAGUCGUCCGCCCUGCUGCCCGCCUCCAUCCGCUCCUCCCCCAUGCUGGUGACGCCCCCCAUCCCGUCCCCCGUGGUUUCCGUCUCGCCCUCCGGGCUGGGCUCGACGUCGGCCAUCCCCGCCGUGCUCUCCCCGGGCUCCAUCCUGGCCUCCACGCAGGGCAGCGGCGGCCAGCAGAUCCUGCACGUCAUCCACACCAUCCCCUCGGUCAACCUGCCCAGCAAGAUGGGCAACCUGCAGACCAUUCCGGUGGUGGUCCAGUCGUUACCCGUGGUGUACACCACCAUGCCCUCGGACGGGGUCACCGCCGCCAUCACGGUCCCGCUCAUCGGGGGAGACGGCAAGAACGCCGGCUCUGUAAAAAUCGACCCCAACUCCAUGUCUCCAAUGGAGAUCCACAGUGACAGCGAGGACAGUGUAGCGGAAAGUACGUCGGCAUCCUUCCAGGAGCUGCAGAGAGAGUCCGUCGUGGCCCGAAUGCAGCGGGUGGAGUCCCCUGACCUGAAGAAGAGGCGGAUUCACCAGUGCGACUUCGCAGGCUGCAACAAGGUGUACACGAAGAGCUCCCAUCUGAAAGCACACAGAAGGAUACACACAGGAGAGAAGCCAUACAAAUGCACCUGGGAAGGCUGCACCUGGAAAUUUGCCCGUUCGGACGAACUCACCCGGCAUUUCCGCAAGCACACGGGCAUCAAGCCCUUCCGCUGCUCGGACUGUGACCGCAGCUUCUCACGCUCUGACCACCUAGCCCUGCAUCGCCGGAGACACAUCAUGAUGUGAUCGGGGCCGCCUCUCCCCCACCCUCCGUCUUCAUCGCCGCCCUUCCCGACUCCUCUCCUUCCUCAGUGCUGCUGGUGGAGGGGACUGAGCAGAGAGAGAGAGAGUGAGAGAGAGAGAGAAGGCGAGAUGGGGUGGUUUCCCACCGGACUCAUUUGAAUCCCAACCUUUCCCGCCGUCCUGCCCACCCCACCCCCACCAUUUUGAUUCAUCCCCCCCGGAUGAGUUGAAUUUCAGUGUGGCACCUGUGGCUGCCUCUGUGCUCUGAGAGAGAAGACAUUUUAACACACAAAUGGAGGAAUAGAACUAAAGACUGUGAAGAUAUUCCAUUUUUUUCUCUCUUCUUUUCUUUCUUUCUUUUUCGCUUCCUGUUCUUCCCCUUCUUCCUUUCGCCCCAGCCCUUUCCCCCAACCUCCUUGGAUCCGUGCUUGGAACUGGGUGGUAACUCGGCAGGUAACACGGCCCCAGAAUCCCCGCCUAGCGCUCACUCUGCUCCCCUGGAUCAUUUAUGCUUCAGGAGAGAAAGCCUACCAUCAUCCCCCCUCCCCACAAACACACACAGACACACACACACACACACACAUACCUGGAAAUCCACUGCCCACCCAGAGAUUUCCUGCUUUGGGUCAGCCAGAGCAGGAGCAGUAAGUGGAAACUUGGUCAAGGACAGCACCCCCUCCAGCGCCGGAAACUCUUGGCGGAAGCCCACAAGAGGGUCGAUGAUUUCUGUUGGCUGAAAGGAACUGGGUCCCAGGAAAAGCAGAGGCGCCCCAGUGUAACCUGCACCUCCUCCUCGUCUCCAGCCCAUCCACGCUCCGAGCCGGGUUCCAGUGAGACUAGCCCUCGGGCCUAACCCCGGCUGGACCGCAGGUUUCCUUUGAACUGACAAGCCUGGGAGAAUGGAUUGUUAGCGACUGCAGCCCGAGGCGGGAACAGGCCAUCGAGCACUCCCUGGGAGACGUGGAGGACGUCCGGAGGCUGUGCUCCCCGACGUAGGUGGGCAACGUUGUGGACGGUGCCCCUGGGCCGACGGCCCCGGAGACAGGAAGGAGAAAUCUUGUGGAGGACACAACGGGGACAUUGGGGUUUUGAGGAGAGGGGGGAGAAAUGUGCCACCUUUUUUAGAGCACAAAGGAAUAUGACAGUAAAAUAUUUUCUAAUUCAACUGUGGCA